CUCUGUUUUGACUCAGUGCAGAAAUGUUACAUAUUUCAACUGCAGCUUUAUUGCUAUUUGUGACUGGUUUUCUCCAAGUUAUGUUUUCGAUAGCAAGUAUACUUGCUCAUCCAGGACAAAGUGUCACGAUGUGGUGUCCACACAAUAUCCAUGUUACUGGAAGUCUGUUCUGGUUCAAACAAACAGAUGGUGCUGUACCUAUUGCUAUUGCGAGUAUGUUAUACACCGAAAGUCUUCAGAAGGUUGAGCCAAAUUAUUUCAACAGUUUCACAAAAGAUCUCAUGGUUAUGGAUCAGUUCAGCAAGAGCACGACCCUAACAAUUAAGCAAGUUAAAAUGUCUGAUUCUGGCUUCUACUUUUGUGGAGCUAUAGGAUAUCACACGCAAUUUGGCAAUGGAACCAGACUUGAAGUGAAAGCAUAUGUUGAAAAACACCACAAUUUAAAUACCAUUGUAAAUGCCACAGUGGUAAAUGACUUAUCCUCGCCAACUGUUCACACAUCAGAGAAGUAUUACACAGGAAUCUCAAAAAAGGAUCAUGAAAAAUCAUCUACAUCUACUGAGGACUGUUCUAGAGGCAUCUAUUUCAAACUGACCCUCCUAUUUGGUGGAAUCAUUUUUUUGACAUGUAUUGUUCCUCUUAUUUUGGCGAUUAUCAGGGAACACAGAAGACAGAAGCAUAAAAAAGUCGCCGAAUGUCAAGCACAACUGCGUGAUGACAAGGAAAAUGAUUCAGUAGAAUAUGCUGCUGUGUAUUUCUCAAACAAGAGACCCAAAACAACAGGACGACAUACUGAGGAUACAACUGCUGUGUACACUAAUACUUGAAACAUGAA